AUGUCUAGUCAAGGAGGAGCUCUUUAUAUUGCAGGUGAAAGUGAAGUAGAUAUAUAGUAAUCGUUAUUUUAAAAUAAUAAAGCAAGAUUUAAGGGAGGUGCCAUAUUUUCUGAAGGCUUUAAAAGUAUUUAUGUUGGAAAUUAGACGAUUUUUAAGGACAACUUUGCUGUUGAUUAAGGAGAUGAUAUUUAUCUUACAGGAUCUCUAAAUCUCAUUUCUAUAGACAACGUAAAAGUGACUAAUAUUGAUGCGAAGAAUUCUAUUUUUAUUGAGCAGGCAAAAUUAUCAUCAAAUUAGCUUCAAAUUAAAAAUAUUUAUCGAAAAAGGGAUUCAGAAAGAGGUUCAGGAAUAUAUUGCCAAUAUUGCAAUGGACUUUAAAUUAUCAAUUCAUCCUUCCUAGAUUUAAGGUCAAAAUAUGGCGGAGCUAUUUACAUAAUUGAGCAAGAUAUAGCUAAAAGUUUAAGCUAUGAUGAAAAUUCCUUUAAAUUUUAGAUAGAAAAUUCAUAUUUUAGCAACUGCUCAGCUGAACAAGGUGGUGCGUUAAUGCUUGAUAAUAUUGAAUCAAUCAUCAUUAAAAAUACUUAAUUUAUUGGUAAUUAAGCAAAAUCUAUUACUUAAUAUCAAUCUCAUGCAGUAGAUCCAGCUACUGGUGGAGCCAUUUAUUAUUCAUGUAAUGAAGAAAUUUUAAAUUGCAGACUCAAAUUUGAAGGUAUAAAUAAUUUUAAAUUGAAUUAUGCUUAAGUAAAAGGGGGAGCUAUUUAUUGGAGUAGUCUCGAACCUGAAUAUAAUGAUAUUAAUCUUAAUUUCAUUAAUAACACUGGCUUCUUAUAUGGUGAUAAUUUUGCAUGCUAUGCUUAAAAUUUGGUAUCAUUAACAGCUAAAUAGAGUGGUGGUUCAGUACCUAUCUUAUUCAUAGCAUUAAUAGAUAAAUACGGACAAAUACUAGGAUCUGAUAGUACUAAGGGGAGUAGUGAUUUUCAAGUAGAAGGAGGAAUUGCAGUUAUUUAAGAUGUAAUUAUAGCUGGAACUCCAGGCAGCACUUAUAAUAUAAAAUUUUCCACUGAUGGAAUAGAUGUUAACAAAAUAUCUAACAAAUAAGCGAUUAAGAAACUUAAUUAAUUAGAUCUUGAUUUUAAUCUUAGCAUUGACCUCAGAGAAUGCUUCGAAGGAGAGUAAUUUACAUCAGCAGGAAAAUGUAUUGAAUGCUAGGAUAACACAUUUUCAUUAGUAAAAAUGAAAUAGCCAGGCUCUUGUGAAAUAUGUCCCCCCGAUAAAGCCAUUUGUAUAAGUGGAGCUAAUAUUGGCCCAUUACCAGGGUAUUGGAGGAAAACACAGGAGAGUGCUUCAAAGGCUACCAAGGCAUACUUUGUGCAGAUUGUGAAAAUGAUUAUUCAAGAGAUUAUGGUUUUUAAUGUAAAAAAUGUCCUGAAAAUUGGGCUAAUUCACUAAGGUUAUGUGCAAUUAUUAUUGGAGUAAUUUUAUUGA